GUUGCUACUGACGACAAGUAACGCAAUAUUGUGUACCUCACGAAAUUGAGCUCGGGACAACUGGUAAGUCCUGAAACAACCAUUUAUGGUGGAGAUUAAUAGUUCACAGCCAAUACUCCUUGGAUGUAAGACAGAAGUCGUUGAGAAGCUUUCUAACAAGUUGUUUUACAUCUUUCCCUAAAGUAAUUAUACACUUAAUUUUGCCUGGGACAUUUGAUUUUACGACGAAAUGCCGGAAAAAAACGGAAAGGAGCCAGGGCUUUUGCAAGAGACAAUCAGUAAGUCAACCUACAAGAGUGAAUAUGCGACAAACUAUACAGGGGAACGUGUCCCAAUACAGAACAUCCGAAUUCCAACAGGAUUAUGGCCUUGUGUAAGAAUGUCCGCAUGGGACGAGGCCCAGAAACCAGAGACCUCUCGGGUGAUUCAGUUACCAUUUCACCAAAGAAGAAACUAUCCUGCCAGAAUAAAUCUGCAAGGAUUACAGCCAUCGCCAACUGCAAGAGCAAGAAGUGCUGUACAAAGACCAAGCAGUAACAUUUCCGAAUUGAGUCGCAGUAGUGGUCGGAAAUCUACGACUCCGACGUCGGCAGGCUCGAGGCACGAACGAACUGGUACGAAAGAUGUACUCAGACGACCCCAGAGCUUAGUGGCACGAAGACCGCAGAGUGAAUUUUCGCGUUAUCCGAAAGAAUUUCGUUUCAUUGACAAACAGUGCUUCUUCCAUCCGGCGAACGAACCGACGCGAAGCUUCUUCGUCAUAAGCCCGGAAUGGGUAUCGGAGCGUAGGAAUUACUUCAUACGCAAGAAUACUUUGUUUGGUUAAGUUAGCUCGGCCUGACUUGAGCCAAUGACCGCUGGUGAAUUACUGAUGAGUAUCAACGCUGCUAUAAAAUUUACAUAACCUGUUAAAAAUGACUAUCAGUGUUUACAUUUUAAUUUUGGAAAAUUGAGUUCUUUCAUGAGAGCCGUUAAUACAACAUCUGAAGUUUUAGUACAUUCCUCUUGAAACUCGAAGUACAGCGAAAAGGUCUUUCUGAAACAUAUUUCACUCUUUCUUCCAUACGGAUUUUACUUUUAUCUUUGCCUUCCUAGCCGGUUUAUUAAGGAAAAUGUGAGAAGGAAAAAUCAUUUUCCUAUUUGCGCACGAAAGUUAGUCGAGACUAGUUUCCUUCCACAUUCGGCAAUUUUUCUGUUGAAUCACAUCCUAUCCUAUUUAAGGUGUGCUUAAAUGAACUAGCGAAUCAUAUUUUAUUUUCUUUGAUAAAUUAAAAUUAGUAAUUUCCGAGGAAGUCACUGGUAUGUAUUGUAGUAAGAAUGAAAUACUAUGUGCACUGACAAACUCCGACAAUUUUUGGUAUAUAA